AUGACGGUCACCUACACCGCGCAAGUUGCCAAUGCGCGCUUCUGCGGGUUCUCCAAACUGCUCCUAGCCUGGAGGGGAAGCAUCUACAAGGUCUUAUGGAAGGAGUUCCUUGCUUUCUUCGCCAUGUACACUGGCAUCAGUGUCACUUACAGAUUCUUCCUCUUUGAUGACCAGAAGAGGUAUUUUGAAAAACUGGCAAUUUACUGCAACCACUAUGCCAGUCUCAUCCCCAUGUCUUUUGUGUUAGGUUUUUACGUGACACUGGUGGUGAACCGCUGGUGGAAUCAGUACACCUGCAUUCCAUUACCUGACCGCCUGAUGUGCGUGCUCUCGGGCGGCCUGCAGGGCGUGGACGAGCACGGGCGGCUGCUGCGACGCACCAUGAUGCGAUAUGCAAGUUUGUCCGCGUUACUGAUUUUGCGCUCGGUCAGCACUGCAGUGUUUAAACGCUUCCCGACCAUGGACCACGUCGUGGAAGCAGGGUUCAUGACCAGGGAGGAGCGGAAGAAGUUUGAGAGCCUCAAGUCCCCCUAUAACAAGUACUGGAUGCCCUGUGUGUGGUUCACUAACCUGGCCGCCCUGGCACGCUGUGAGGGCAGGAUUAAGGACGACAGCACCCUCAAACUAGUGCUGGAGGAGCUCAAUCAUUUCAGAGGGAACUGCAGUAUGCUUUUCCAUUACGACAUGAUCAGUGUUCCCCUGGUCUACACUCAGGUGGUGACUCUGGCCGUGUACAGUUUUUUCUUCGUGUGUCUGAUAGGACGUCAGUUCCUGGACCCCACACAGGGUUACCUGGGUCAUGACCUGGACCUGUACGUCCCCAUCUUCACUAUGCUACAGUUCUUCUUCUACGCUGGCUGGCUCAAGGUAGCAGAGCAGUUGAUAAACCCAUUUGGAGAGGACGAUGAUGACUUUGAGACCAACUGGCUGAUAGACAGGAACUUCCAGGUCUCCAUGAUGGCAGUUGAUGAGAUGUACGGGGAUCUUCCCAUCAUGGAAAGAGACCGAUAUUGGAACGACUCUAACCCUCGUCCUCCCUACACCGCAGCAACUCUAUUCAGGCUGCGCAAACCCUCCUUCCAGGGCUCCACCUUCGACAUGGCGAUUCCCAAAGAGGAGAUGCACUUCGCGCCCCUGGCGGAUAUCACUGAGAACGUGGCGUCUGAGGGUGGGGGUCACCACCCCAACAUGGCCCUGUUCAACCGGCUCCUCUUCACUGCCCCGUCCCCCACGGGACUCAUUGGAGGGGCGCUGCGUCGCACCUCCGCCCAGCUCCAAAGGUUCCGCCGUCCCUCCGGGAUGUACCCGCCCUCGUUCAGUGAUGAAGAGGGUGAGGACGAGGAUGAUGAAGGUGGGAAGACUUUGGGGCCGUCUGGGGGGUCGCUGCCGUCUGUUUUGGGUCAGGAUACUCAGAGUACCAUAUGUAGUUGUGGAGGGGUGUUUAAUGCUAGGACCCCCCUCAUGGAGGUACAGUUUGGGGUUGGGGUGGAGAGAUGUGGGGACGCCCUUCAAAGCCAGGAAGAGAUUAUGGAAGAAGAUGAGGAAGAAGAAGAGGAUGAGGGGAACACCCAGAAGGGGGCAGAGAAAGAGAAGAUGGAGGAAGGGAACACUGAGGUGACAGGAGAUAUUCAAAGCCGCAUGCUACUGCUCCCAUCACCCCUCCAGCCUUCCAGAGACCGAGGCCAAACAUCCAUCAGACAACCCCAGGAUAAGAAACCCAGACCAGCCUCGACAACCCCCUCCAGCCCCCUAGCCCCCAGCAUCAUCCACCCCCGUUCCACAGCCUGCUCCACCCGAGACCUUUUCAUCUCUGAACCAAUCACAGAGCAGAGCACAGUGAUCCCCGCCAUUCCCAAGCCGCCCAUUGGUGGAGCUAAGAUGUCUUUCCUCACCGUGCCGUCCUACAGAGCCCCACAGCGUCAUAGGAGCGUCAGCAUGGGGUCAGAGUCCCCAUCGGCUCCGAAACUACAAACUGCACCCUGUUCUAGCCAAAAUUAG